AUGCGAGAUGUGGUAAAAUCAAAAGGGGUUGUUGUUGCCGUUUCGGCGAAACCUUUCGAGGGAGACGAUGGCAAGCUGUUGCUUAGUCUCAAAGAGUUCAACAAAGAAGUUCGCCAAAACAGUAACCAAGAUGAGGGAAAUUUUCUUAAGGAGUUUGAGGAUGUUUUUCCGGAUGAUAUGCCACCUGGUUUACCACCAUUGCCAGCUUAUAGGUGUAAUCCAAAAGAAAGUGAGGAAAUUCGGAGACAAGCCCAAGAGCUUCUUGAUAAGGGAUGGCUUCGAGAAUCUUUAUCUCCUUGUUCUGUACCUGUUUUACUUGUCCCUAAAAAGGAUAACUCAUGGCGUAUGUGUGUUAAUUGUAGGGCCGUCAAUGGAAUUACUGUGAAAUACCGACAUCCAAUCCCUCGAUUGGAUGAUAUGAUUGACGAGUUGCAUGGAGCAUGGUUGUUUACAAAGUUUGACUUAAAGAGUGGAUACCAUCAGAUUCGUAUGCAACCUAAAGAUGAGUGGAAAACAGCUUUUAAAACUAAGUUUGGGUUGUACGAGUGGCUAGUCAUGCCAUUCGGUGUGAUAGCAGCCCCAUUAACCUCCCGUUUAGAGAAGAAUGUUCCAUUCAAGUGGGAGGCAAGUCAAGAAACAUCCUUUGAGAAGCUUUGGGAUAAUUUGACACAUGCUCCGGUUUUGGCACUACCCGAUUUGAACGAGCUUUUGAAGUCCAAUGUGGAGUUGUAUAAACAAGGGAAAGAGAAUGUAGUUGUUGAUGCACUCUCUCGGAGGAAGUGUGAGAAGCAUGGUUUUGAUGAUUACUGUAAGCAUGAUGGCUAUUUGUUUCAUGGUGAUAAAUUGUGCAUUCCUAGAUGUAGCAUUAGAGAUGUUUUGAUUGAGGAGAGUCAUGGUAGUCAUAUGCUUGGACAUUUUGGUAGACAUGCUAUAUUUGAUGUUUUUAGCGUUCACUUUUACUGGCCUCAAAUGCCUAAACAUGUUGAUUCUUUUGGUGAUAAGUGUCUUGCAUAUAGAGUGGCGAAGAGUACUUUGAAGCCCUAUGGCACCGCAUACUAA